AAAUCUAUAUCUAUGCAUAUUUUGGUGGACCUGCUUCCAGCAACAGAGCGUUCAUAAAAAUGGGUUUGGUGGACUGUCAGAAGAGGGAUGGAAGCUUCUUUAUCAUCUGAUUUUUAAUUGUUUGUAGUGGAACAGGGUAAGAGGGGAGAAACAUGUGUAUAGGGUGCUAUCCAGAGGGCUUCCCAUUACAUUUCUGUGCUGACAAAUGAAUGUUGACAGACUGGAUUGACUGGUUUAGCUGGAAGUAAAAAAACCAAAAAACCAGCCAGUCUCAGAACACGAUGCCUUAAAGUUACAUUUUAUGCCAAUAAUUGGUAGCAGUUUUCAACUCACCAUAAAGCAGCCACAGAGCACCACCCUGUGGGGAAUUACAUCCCUGGGCUUUAAGGUGUUUAUCGUUCCACAUUUCCAGCCUUACAACAAAUGUUUAAGUAUGCACUUCAGGGGUUUUGUGCAGAUAAUGUAAUGCAAUUGACUUUGCAGAGGGCAUGCAGCUCUAUCAUGCAGCUCUGCUUACGUGAAGAGGGUCAACCUUGCACACACGUUUGUGCAGCAGAUCUGUACUGCAUUUAUAUGCUGCAAAGUACAGGAAAUAACAGAGAUUUUCCCAUUCUUUUCUCUUCUGCUUCCAUCCAGUACCCAGAAGGAUGAUUACUCCAGUUUGAUUUUCUAGGUGAAAACAGGCUUAACAUCUCAGCCCAUCUCAACAACUGCUAGUGGCAAAACCAGAAGCUGUGAAGAGUUACCUGAAAGGUUCUGCAAUAGUGAGACCCUUUAUAGGAGUGUGUCCAGCACACAGCAGUCAGGAAUCACCUGCUAAGGGAGGCAAGGAACAUAAGCAGGAGGUUUUCAAAGCAUCUCUUACCCUUCAGUCAUGCUAACUCACCGUUUCUCAAGCAGCUCUUUCACCUUCAAACUGCUUCACAGUCUGCGUUGUCCAUCUGCACUUCAGCCCAUGUCUCUGCCUUCCAGAGGGAAGAUGCUGGCAGCCCACUUUGAUUGCCCAGGAGGACCAGAAAAUCUCUAUGUGAAAGAAGUGGCGAAACCACACCCAGGAGAAGGAGAAGUUCUUGUGAAGGUCUCUGCCAGUGCUCUGAACAGGGCUGAUUUACUCCAGAGGAGAGGGAAGUACCCUCCCCCCAAAGGAGCAAGUGAUAUUUUAGGCUUAGAAGCAGCUGGGAGUGUGGCUGGGCUUGGACCUGGCUGCACCGGGCGGUGGAAGAUUGGUGAUGCAGUGAUGGCUCUGCUCUCUGGAGGCGGCCAGGCUGAAUAUGUUACAGUACCUGAAGGUCACCUGAUGCCAGUUCCCAAAGAUAUUACAUUUAUUCAGGCUGCAGCCAUUCCUGAGGCUUGGUUAACAGCUUUUCAGCUGCUGCAUUUUGUAGGUAAAAUACAGAAAGGGGAAACAGUGUUGAUCCAUGCUGGAGCUAGCGGGGUUGGUAUGGCAGCCAUUCAGCUGGUCAGACUGGCAAAUGCUAUUCCCAUCGUGACAGCAGGAACUCAGGAGAAACUCAAAGCAACAACAAAUGCUGGAGCAGCUGCAGGGUUCAACUACAAGAACGAAGAUUUUAGCGAAAAGGUCUUGGCCUUCACCCAAGGUUCUGGAGUAGAUAUUAUUUUAGAUUGUGUUGGUGGCUCUUAUUGGGAGAAGAAUCUCAGCUGCUUGAGAACUGAUGGCCGGUGGAUUAUUUAUGGACUACUGAGUGGAGGUGAAGUUCAUGGAGAUUUGCUUGCAAGACUGCUCUCCAAAAGAGGGAGCAUCCAUACAAGUCUAUUAAGAUCACGAGACAAGGAGUAUAAGGAGCAGCUGGUGAAAGCCUUCAUAGAAAAUGUGCUGCCCUAUUUCUCUGAAGGAGCCUCUCCACAUCUCCAGCCGCUUGUCGACAGCGUUUACCCUCUGCAUGGGAUUGUGGAGGCACACAGGAAAAUGGAAGAAAGCAAGAACAUUGGCAAAAUUGUCAUUGAAAUGCCACUGAAAUCACCCUAAAGAAGGGCCCUCUGCUGUAGUUGCUCUAUGGGUAGGAGCACAACAGAUGCCUUAAAAGCUAAGAUUCUGUGAUUUCUGCUACCAAAUUGGAAAUGAUUUAUUGUGAAAGAUGUCAAAAAACGAGGGCCAAAGCAAAGUCUUACAGGGUAUGUGAAUAAAAAAAGCAAUUCACACUGCAGAUACAGCAUAUGACAUCUUUAUACAGGAAAACAACAGCGGGACAAGGGGAAAUGGUUUUAAACUGAAGGACGGAAGAUUUAGGUUGGAUGUCAGGGGAAGUUCUUU